AGGGAGCGGAGGGAGCUGCGGACUCGUCGAGGCUGCUGCUAUUGAAGCGCGCGGUAGGGGCAGCGGAGUGUCAAGUGACAUUUGCUUACGUAAUGAAAUAUUUUCGCGAGCCAAAGUAGUAGCGCCGCGCUCCCGGUGGCUAUCGGGAGCCGUUUAUUUAACUCGGGCCGGCCGGUUGGUCGGAAUACAGAAAUACCCACCGACGGCGACGAGGGCUUUCUUCGAUCGUCCAGUGACCCGAUUUGAACGCUCGUCCGCUGCUUGGCCGUUCACUGGCUCGCGUCAACGUCACGCCGUCCCGACCCCUCGUCGCCCCCUUAAUCAUCACGAGCCGAGCUGUCAAUUGCCGGAGGCUGUUGUUUUCGUUUGUUGGGAUCGUAGACCUGGUGCGAGCGAGUAGUCGAGAUUUAUUGGCGCCGGGCGCGCAAAUUAUGACAAGAGGCAGCAGUCAUGGAAAGCUACAAUUGGGAUCCUGCUCUGUCAAAGUUACUAAGUGCCUUGGAAGCGAACAGAGCUUCGAUACCAAGUUGUUCGGACGAGGAGUUCAAUUUUCUGAGCGAACUGCUACAGUCCAAGGAAUUGAACGCAUUGGUUCAGGUGUACAACAAGAUUUUGAAAAAUCUGAAAGAUGACAAAUUUUUCCCCAUCCUGUCGAACGCUAUGGAGAUCAAUGUGGAGGUUCUUGGGCUGUUGGCGUCAAAAACUCAUGCCUCCGAUGAAUUUAAGGAACUCUUUCAGUUACUUCAGAAGCCUCACGUGCAAGCCCUCCUUAUAGCGCACGACACGGUCGCCCAAAAGGACUACUAUCCUAGACUACCGGACAUUCCGGUGGAAGUGGACGAGGACGAAGAAACUGUAAAAAUUGUGCAAUUGGUCAAAUCUGACGAGCCAUUGUCUGGUACUGGCAUUGAACCAAUCAUGGGAGCAACUAUUAAGACUGACGAGCAAACUGGUAAAAUUGUGAUCGCCCGAGUAAUGCAUGGCGGCGCAGCAGACAGAUCUGGUCUUAUUCACGUCGGAGAUGAAAUUCACGAAGUAAAUGGCAUCAGUGUCGAAGGAAAAACCCCAAACGAUGUUCUAAAAAUCUUGCAAAAUUCGGAGGGAACGAUUACCUUUAAAAUUGUACCGGCAGAUAGAAAAGGCGUCUUUAGGGAGAGUAAGAUUAGGGUACGUGCACAUUUCUCUUAUAAAGCAUCGGAAGAUCCGGAAACACCUUGCACAGAAGCUGGCCUAGAUUUUGAUAAAGGAGACGUACUUCAUAUUGUGUGUCAAGAUGACGCACAUUGGUAUAGAGCGAGAAAAGAAGGUGACCGAAAUAUGAGAGCUGGUUUAAUUCCUAGUAGAGCAUUGCAGGAGCAUCGGAUUAUCAUGCAAAGGCAGCAGCAUGAAAAAUUAGAAGAUGAUAGUAUAAGCUUGUGUUCUGUUCCAGUGCCUUUGCCCACGUUGUGCCCCCGUCCCCGUACCUCUUCAUUACACGAUUCACCUACCAAAUGCAGCUUGCAUGGAACAAAAACUAAAAAAAUCAUAUAUGACGCUACAGAGAACGACGACUUUGAUCGAGAAGAGAUAGCGACGUACGAAGAAGUCGCAAAGCUCUAUCCAAGACCAGGACUUUAUCGGCCCGUUGUUCUAAUUGGACCUCCAGGAGUCGGCAGGAACGAGCUCAAAAGACGACUAAUGGCAAUUGAUCCGGAAAAAUAUCGAACACCCGUACCCUAUACCUCGAGAUCGCCAAGGCCAGGUGAAGUAGAUGGCAAAGAAUACUUUUUCGUCUCCCGUGCGCAAAUGGAAGAAGACAUUAGCAAUGGCAAAUUUAUCGAAUACGGAGAAUAUAAAGGCAAUUUAUAUGGAACCAGUGCUGAAAGUGUUACUUCUUUAGUAAACGCCAGCUACGUAUGCAUCUUGAGUCCACAUUAUCAAGCACUGAAAAUGAUUCGCACUUCAAAAUUAAAGCCUUACGUCAUAUACAUAAAGCCACCAAGAUUUGAAAUUUUUAAAGAUACGAGAAACGAGUCGAGAGCGAGAUCAACUUUUGAUGAAACUAAUUCCCGAGGUUUCACCGAUGAAGAGUUCGAUGAGAUUCUUCAUAGCGCAGCAAGAAUAGAGUUUCUCUAUUCCCACAUGUUUGAUGAAACAAUUAUCAAUGCUGAUUUAUCAAUGGCUUUUGAGCAACUGUUACUUUCAAUACACAAACUUGAAUCUGAGCCCCUUUGGGUUCCAGCAUCAUGGGUUUAAAUAAAAAGCCUCUCUCACUUGUCAAAUGCAACACAAUACCCCGUGGAAAAAAUAUCGUUAUAACAACAACAACAAAAACAACAACAACAACAACAACAACA